AUGAACAUCUCCGCUUCGACCUCAGGCGGCAAGCCUCGCCCCGUCCUCAAGACACCACUAUGCGAACUGCUCGGCAUCGAGUAUCCUGUCAUCUUAGCCGGAAUGGCUCGAACCUCAUCUGGUCCAUUGGCAGCCGCAGUGUCUAAUGCAGGAGGUCUGGGAGUCAUUGGUGGUUUGGGAUACACGCCGAAAGCUAUGCGAGAGAUCAUCCACGAGAUCAAGGCCAAUUUGAACGAUAAGAAGCUCCCAUUUGGCGUGGAUCUCGCUCUCCCACAAGUCGGUGGCUCAGCACGAAAGACAAACCACGAUUACACACAUGGACAGCUGGACGAGCUCAUCUCUGUCGUUAUCGAGGAGGGUGCCAGCCUAUUCGUCAGCGCUGUUGGUGUGCCACCCGCUCAUGUCAUCAAGCGACUACACGAGGCAAACAUCUUGGUUAUGAACAUGGUUGGACACCCAAAGCAUGCACACAAGGCCCUGAAGGCCGGCGUCGAUAUAGUAUGCGCACAGGGAGGAGAAGGAGGAGGCCACACAGGAGACAUUGCUACGAGCAUCCUGAUUCCUAGCGUCGUGGAUGUGGCGAGGCAGUACAAGAGCCCAUUGACUGGCAAACCAGCAAUGGUUGUCGCCGCAGGUGGCAUCUACAACGGUCGAUCACUGGCUGCAAGUCUGUCAUACGGAGCAGUCGGUGCAUGGGUCGGCACAAGAUUCGUUGCCAGCGAGGAGGCAGGAUGCAGUCAACAGCACAAGGAGGCAGUCGUCACAGCACAGUUUGAGGAUACUCUCAGAACACUUGUCGUUUCCGGCCGACCCCUGCGAGUGCGAAUGAACGACUACAUCAAGUCCUGGGAAGUCGACAGGCCUGAGGAAGUGAAGAGGCUGUGCGAUCAAGGAAUUGUGCCUCUCGCGCACGAUAUGGAGAAUUUGCCAGACGACCAGCAAGACAAGAUUGAUAUUCCGCAUUUAAUGGGUCAGGUCGCUGGUGCUAUCGAAAAGAUUCAGCCUGCGAAGGAGAUUUUGGAGGAAAUGGUGUCCGAAUGUGUUGAUAUACUGAAGGCACAGCAGGGAUACUUGGGUGAAACGAGGAACAAUUAUGACGCUUUAUCUAUCCUGGCCCCUGCCCUCUUUGACAAUUUUACAGAACGUAAGGAUGGUCUCUCGCGCGAAUGCAACUGGGCGUGCAAGGUGAUGCAAAGCGGCUCACGAGUCUCCACUAUCAAAUGGACUUUGGCUCAUACGACGCUUCAACAAAUAUCUGCCGCCAUGUAUGGCGGUGCCAUCUUCCAAGAACUACCCCAGAAAUCUCUGGCCUCGAACCACUUUCCUCGUGAGCUGAUCACGGGCAUAUACGACAUUCACGUGGUGUCCGUUCUACGCCGCGUGUUUAAGUGA